AUGAAUAAAAUCAGUUAACCGAUUUAAAUUCCUUUUAACUAAUUUGAAGAGGAAAUAGAUGAAUUAGUGCAUGAUUGCCCUUUUAAUAAGAUUUGUAUUUCAAAUUAAUGCAGCAACACUCAAAAGCUAUGUUGUAUUGAAUGUGUUCAAUUUUAUCACCCAAGCCACACUGAUAAGAUACACGAUUACGUAUAAGCCUUAAAGCAUCUCAAAUAGUCAAUAAAAUAUAAAAAUUCUAAUUUAGUUAAAAAAAUAAAUUAUGUGAAAAAUUUAAGUAAAAAUUUAUAGAAGCAAAGAGAUCAUAUGCUCAAAAAAAUCCAAAAUAGCUUUUAGAAAAUCGACACUUAUUGCUCUAACCUAGUUACUAUUGAAGCAAAUAGCUUGCAGUAAAAAUUUGAAUCUGUAUAUGAGAUGAGUACAUUUAAUUUAUUAAAAGACCUUACUUAAUCGGCCAAAGAAGUUUAGCUGGAUCAAUAACUUUAAAUAAUUUAAAAUGCUAAUAAAAUUUUUUCUAAGUUUGAAUCAGAAUAUUAACCAUAUCUCUAAUUCAAAAGUAGAAAAGAGAAUGAGUUUAAUGAGAAUGUAUAACUCCACAUCGAAAACAUGAAAACAUAUUUAUUAGAUUUAAAUUAAAAAAAUAGUAGGUUUACAAAUAAAAUCUAUAAACUAAGCAAAGAAAUCACUUAAACUCAUCUCAUAAAUUUUAGGACUUGCAAUAUUAAUAGCAACAAAAUUGAAAAAUAUGAAACACCUAUUAGUUAGAUGGUUGUUUUAAAUAAAAAUAUUUUACUUUUAUCUAUGAGAGUUGAUGUUGAAAGAUAGUUCAUAUAAUUUAUUGAUUACUCUGAUUAGCAAAAUCAAUAUGAAUAAAUAAAUGAACUUACCAUUUAGCAUGAAAAAAUUGUUGAUUUAAAGAGUAGGUAAACAUUUUUAGUGGUUUCUGAUUCUAAAAUAAGCAAAAUAAGAUAUUCUGCUUAAUAAAUAUACACAAUUAAACAAAUUUUUUUCAUAGAAAAGAUAUUAUUAGUAGAGUUUAUACCAGAAACAAAUAGCAUAUUAGUUAUAACUAAAGAUUUCAGCAUUAAUAAUUAAAAUAUUAAACUCUAAUUCUAUAGAGCUAGUGAUUUUUCUCUUUACAAAAGAUACACGAUGGACGAUUCUUCAAAAACAAUAAUCACUGCUUGCUCUUUCCAAACAAAUACUCUAGUUACAGCGAAUUAAAGGCAUUUAAAAAUUUACUAAUUAAUAUCUGGAAGAUUUAAUAAAUUUUAUGUGGUUGGAGAUACUAUUAAUGACAAUAUUAUUGAUUUAAAAUUUCAAAAAUAAUAACAAUUAGAAAACAAAGAUGAGCUUAUUGUUUCAAAUAUUUAGGGGUUAGUAACUAAAAUCUCGUUUCCAAAAAUAAAUAAAAAAAUUGUGAACACAAAAAGUCCUAAUGAAAAAGUAUUUUUUUGUAUAUUUGAAGAACUAAAGCUAUUCACGGAUAAGAGAUAUAUUUAAUUUAUUAUAAAACCUGGAAACACAUAAGUUAAAGUAUUAAAAAUUAAAAAAAAUCUUAAAAAAAAUAGUAAAACUGAAAAAAUAGACCAGGUUUUUGAGUUAGAUGAAGAGUAUACUUGUCAUUCAAGUUAUAAUAUUUUAGGAAGUCCUUCUUCAUAUAAUUUAUUCAUAGGUACUUCUAAAGGUUCUUUCUUUCAUUUUAACUAUUCAAACAUUCAAAGUUGA